AUGGCAUCUCAACUUUGGCUGAUCACUGGAGCAUCCUCCGGCUUCGGGGCGCUUAUGACCGAGAGUGCCCUCAAAGCAGGUCAUCGUGUUCUUGCUACAGCUCGUAAUCCCACAAAGGCUGCCCAGGAUUACCCACAGGUUGAACUACUGGGUGGGAAAUGGCUCCAAUUAGAUGUGACGAGCCAGCAAACGAAAGAGCAAGUCGAGCAAGCCAUCCGGGAGAACGGUGGUAAAAUCGACGUGAUCAUCAACAACGCUGGUUAUGGACUACUAGGAAGCAUUGAAGAUAUUAGUGAGGAGGAGCUUGAUACACAGUUCCAGACCAACGUGUACGGCACUGUGCGGGUAAUCAAAGCCGCGCUCCCCUUCAUGAGAGCACAGCGCAGUGGUACCAUCGUCAAUUUCAGUAGCAUUGCUGGUUUUGCCGCUGGUCCAUCUUCUGCUGCCUAUUCCAUGUCCAAGUUCGCGGUUGAAGCGCUUUCGGAAUCACUGUUUACUGAACUCAACCCAUUCAAUAUCCGAGUGUUGCUUGUUGAGCCCGGUGCCUUCCGCACCAAAUUUAUCGGAUCCCACAAGGUUCCAGCCGCUGGAAUGACCAAGGACUACGAAGGAACACCCCUUGGUGCUGCCAUGGGAUUCUUCGAUGGCUUUGCCGGCAAGCAACCUGGCGAUCCCGCAAAGGCGGUCCAGCGGGUCUUGGACGUGAUUCAGCUCCAAGGAAUGGGACAGGGGAAGGAGAGCCUAUUGCGGUUGCCUCUUGGAACAGACUGCUUCCCACGCAUGUUGACCAAGAUUGAAAACCUGAAGGUCGAACUGGAACAGAUGCGAGACAUCGCUUUGAGUACUGCUGUCGAUUCAGCGUAA